GCCUUACAGAGGGGAGUUGACUCAAAAACAAUUCUGUCACUCUAAUUUAGUCUAUCCAGAGAGGCUCACAGUUUCAUUUAAAGUUUGAACCAUCAUCCAUCUGUAGUCUGAAUCCAUGGCUUCUCCCAGUUCAGAAACUUCAUUACCUGCAGCCCCUAAUAUUACUUACGACGUUUUUUUGAGCUUCAGAGGUACAGAUACACGAAAUAUCUUCACAGACCAUCUAUACAGUGCCUUAGAUCGCAAUGGAACUCGACCAUUCAUGGAUGAUCCUGAGCUACGCGCAGGAGACAUAAUCUCGGAAUCAUUGCUCAAGGCUAUAAGAGAAUCCAAGACUUACAUAAUCGUCUUCUCCGUUAAUUAUGCUUCUUCCCAUUGGUGCCUCGACGAGCUGGUUGAAAUCCUCAACUGUAGCAACACAAUGAAGAGAUUGAUCCUUCCGGUUUUUUACCACGUUGAUCCAUAUGUUGUGCGUCACCAACAGGAAAGCUUUGGAACAGCUUUCGCGGAACAUGAAAGAGUUGAUGGUUUUAUCAGAAACAUUGCCAGAGUAAACAAGUGGAAGGAUACGCUGAAAGAAGUUGCGGACCUUUCAGGAUACCAUGUCCUUGUAAACAGAUCGGCGUCUCAUACAAUAAAUGAAGCUGUUGACAGGGUUCUACUCGAAAUAAAUCCCAUGAGUUUGCAGGUUGCUAAGUAUCCAGUUGGGCUAUAUUCUCGUGUGGAUGAGAUAACACUAUUGUUGAAAAGUAGUUUUGGGAGCGUCACUAAGAUUGGUUUAUAUGGUAUGGGUGGAGUCGGGAAAACAACUCUUGCCAAAGCUGUGUAUAAUCUUAAUCUUCGUGACUUCCAGGCCAGCUGCUUCUUAGCAGACAUUAGGGAGGUUGCACGAACACCAAAAGGCCUACUAUCUUUACAACAACAACUUAUUCAUGAUAUCCUCCAGAGUAAGAACAUUACCAUUCAUAAUGUUGAUAGAGGAAUCAAUAUGAUACAAGCUAGAAUCCGUACAACCAGAGUUCUCAUUGUUCUAGAUGACUUAGACAACCUAAAACCAUUUGAAUACCUAGUAGGAACCUUCUCCCCUAGGAGCGCAAUUGUCAUUACAACUAGGAACGAAGAUCUACUGGAUACAAUUCAAGUAGAACCAAGAUAUAGAUACAAGGUUAAUGAACUGAGUGAUGCUGAGUCACUGCAACUUUUUAAAGAACAUGCAUUUGGAGAUAAUGCAAAACCUGAAACUUUGUUGCAGUUAUCUGAAGAAAUUAUAAAGCAUGCCAAAGGGCUCCCAUUGGCACUCGAGAUUUUUGGCUCGAACUUGCUUAACAAACCAGAGGCAAGAUGGAGAUGGUUCAUGGACAAACUGCAGCGGUUUCCCAAUAACGACAUCCAGGAAAAACUUAUGAUUAGCUUUGAUGCACUGAGACUGAUUGAUCCUAUGUUGCAGGAUAUUUUCCUAGACAUUGCUUGCUUUUUUGUUCGAAAAAAGAAAGCAGAUGUCGUUAAAAUAUUGGAAACUUAUUAUAGUUUUGGAGAACAUAACAUUGACAUCCUCAAGAAAUUUUGCUUAUUAACUAUUGAGGAUGAUAAUGAGCUCUCGAUGCAUGAUCUUGUCUGCAAAAUGGGUCGCGGAAUUUGCCAUAACAAGUUUUCUGAUUAUACUGGAGAAUCCAGAAGAUUGUGGGAUUGGAAAGAUAUACAGGAUGCUUUAGAGACGAAUAAGGGACUGGAAGCAAUCGAAUGUAUCAUCCUCGACGAUGACUUUAGUACUCCUGAAAUCGGUCAAUUAAGGCUCACUACAGAAAUGUUUAGAAGGAUGCGUAAACUGAGGUUUCUUUGCCUCAAACAGUUAGAUGUAGAAGGAAGUUUUGAACAGACAUUUAAUAAUUUGAGGUGGCUCAAUUGGUCGUGUCCUAGGGAGUUUUUACCUUUUGACUUUUGCCCGAAAAAACUUGUUUUUCUCCAGUUGCCUGGCAGCAAUAUAUACAGCUGGAUGCUAGACACAGUUUUAAACAACUUGAAAAUUCUGGAUGUUUCAGACUCUGAUAAUUUAACUACAACUCCAGACUUCAAUUUAUUACCAAGUCUGGAGACCUUGAUUCUCCGGAAUUGUCAAAACCUAAGAAUUCUUCCGGAGAGCAUCUGCAUUUUGGGAGCUCUGAAAUAUCUGGAUAUUCUUGAAUGUGAUAGUCUAGAAGCAUUGCCUUUGGGACUGCUGGAGAUCGCUUCAUUAGCUGAGCUCAGGGCGUGUGGACUAAUUGUUUCUAGAUUGCCAGAUUCAACUGAGAGUCUUAGUGCACUUUUUAAUUUACUUUCUAGUGGCGCAUAAAUAAUGCUAUGAGACGAACUUCAUAGUACUUUAUCAUAUAAUCAUGGAUUACAAUGGUGGCAAAA